AUGCCAGAGACGCCCGCCGUCGAUGCUCAGUCUCUGAGAAGAACUCAGUCUACUGGUGAUAUCCCCCAACUGCCCAGAGCCCGCCUUUCAACAUCACAUAAUCGCUCCGAACAGGAUGGCCGGACUUUACAUGCUGGUUCGCCACCAAUUGCCGAAGGGACCUCCGAAGAUACUCCAUCCAACCCCUGGUUCACGCCUGGUCCAGCAAUUCCUACAGAGCAACAGCAAAGCAGAUCAUCCACUGCCGCUUCUCAACCACACCUCUCGUUAACUGCGAGAUUCAAAGUAUUUUUUGGGAUUGGUCCUGAUGCAUCAAAAACAAGGAAAGCUCUCGUAUCAGUUGUGUGGACGUUGGCCUAUAGUUUCGCUCAAAUUGCAGCUAUCAUCGCCGUCCUGGCGGUGGCCUCUGUAAUGGCCAGCCCUACAGAGGCUAACACCUACCAGAUCGAUGCUUGUGGGCGGCCUCUCGUUGCUUGGAAUUGCAUUUGGAUAGUGAAAGUUUGUUUAUCGUCCGCCUUGGCGUAUUGGAAUUUUGUUCGAAUCCGAAGGGCAAACAGGGAGAACUCCGCGAGACCUGGUGAUGCUGAGUCUGGCGAUCGUACCGGAACGGACACUGAUGGGACACCUCGUCCUAACAAUGAGCCAAGUCGUCGUCGGCAGAAUCCUCAUAGACGGACCAGGAACUCAAGUUCAGGUGGUUCUCCCAAUGAAGAGCAAACACCGCCAUAUUCUUAUCUUUACGCGCGCUUGUCACUCCUUUCAUCCAUGCUCACAUUGACAUGGUUCCUAACCGCGCACAUUUUGGAAUACACAUCUGUUGACACAUGUCGACUUUCUUCGCCUCUCGUUUGGUGGCUUACGUUUGGAGUUCUAUGCACAAUGUAUUUCCUGGUUCUCGAAGUCUUGGUUUUCGGCUUUCUUGUUUUCAUGGUUUUGCCUUUCAUCAUGCUUUUCUACAGUAUUAUACUACUUUGUUUGGGUCGGCACCCACUCCAAAACCCUCAUUAUAUCAAGCCCGAAAUUGAAAAGCUGCCCAAAGCUAUUGUCGAACGUAUUCCUCUAGUCAUCUACAUCCCUCCUCCACCAGAAGGCGAUGGAAAGGCACAACCCAUCUCUUUGCCAAAGCCUGUUCACAGCUAUCCACCCAAACCACCAGCCUCGAGGACGCCAAGGAGGCGAUUUGCGUUCUUUCGCCGCAGGCCCACUAAUAAGUCCGAAGAAGGCGUUCAGACCCACGAUGGCAAACAGAGCAUGAACUCGGAGGCCAAAGAUCAAGAAACUUGGGAGGACAACUGGGAACAAUGCAAGUAUCCCUUUGUCCGAUUGGAGGGCAAUCGAGCUGCCUGUGCCAUCUGUUUGAUGGAUUUCGAGGAACCAAAGCGACUGCACGCUGUUGCGGAGACAGCCACGACAGAGAACACAGAAGAAGGAGCUGCUGUUACGCCCGAAGCAGACACGUCUCGUCAGCGUGAAGAGGAAGUUGAAAUACCCGUGGAACACAUCACUGAGGAGGAAAGAAGUGGGCUCCCUCGCCUUGAAGAUGCAGGAGCUGGUCCGCAACCUCUUCGACUACUUGCUUGUGGUCACGUCUUCCAUAAAACAUGCAUUGAUCCCUGGUUAACCGACGUAUCCGGCCGAUGUCCGGUGUGUCAGCGACCUGUCGAACUGGAUGAAGUGGACCCCAAGAACUCCAGGCGGCGACGUCGCUCAUAA